AUGACAACGCUGGAUAAUAUUGUGGGCUGUUCUCAGCCGAAAAAAGUCGAACAACGUCGUCAAUUGAUAUUGAUCGACUAUCUACUGGCAGCCUCUAUUCAUGGACUUCGCAAUGUGGGUCGUGCUCGUUCCACUUUCAAUCUUGUAUUCUGGAUAAUUGCAUUCACCGCAGCUUUUGGCCCUAUGCUGUAUUUUGUCAGAGGAGCUAUUCUCCAGUAUUAUGCCUAUCCAACACAAACAAAUGUUGACAUUCGUCUUGAUCGUAACAUGACAUUUCCUGCCGUCACCGUCUGCAGUGCCAAUCCAUUUCGAUACGAUCGGAUGAAUGUAUCACUGAUCUCUUAUUUCUAUCGGCUGUAUCCACUAAAUGCAACAUUUAAUCAGAAUAACCUAAACUCUCUUGAACUUCCCAUGAUUGUUGACUUGAUCAAUCGAAAUCAAAUAGACAAGUUAUGGUCACUUGGAUUUGAACUGAGUGACUUACUGCUUCAAUGUACCUACAAUGGAAUCGAUUGUUCGAAUAUGUUGACGCCAUCUCUGUCGACGAUAUUUGGCAAUUGUUUUACAUUCAAUUGGCAAACAUCAGCGAAAAUAUUUACACUUAACGAUUUCGGUACAACUUCCGUGAUGAAAAGAGGUCUCUCGAUGACAUUUUACAUACCACGAGAAAUGUACUUUCUAACGCAAUCCUACGAUGUUGGACUGACCAUUUUAUUGCAUGAUAAUAAGGAGCUUCCAUUGCCCAACGAAAAUGGUCUAAGUCUUCAACCUGGUUCAUCUCACUUGAUAACCUACCGUAAGACUGAAACGACUUUUCUUCCAUCGCCCUAUACGAAAUGUAUAUCUGAUGUGAGUCUUGAUAUGCAUGCUCUGUAUAAGACAACGUUUUUCAACGAUUCAGCAUCGACUGCUAUUGUUUAUUCGGAAUCAGUAUGUCUUGAGUUGUGUGAACAGAUGUAUAUCUUCUCACAAUGCUCAUGCAUCUUUCCAAUACCAUUUUUAACAAGAAGCGUACUCACACUUGAUGGUUAUCUCGUACCUGCAAAUUUCUGUGAUCCAUCUACCUUGCAAACACAAUGUUCGUUUGUAGCAAGAAGAGAAUUGUAUGCCAGUGAACAACUACAAACAGUGUGGUGCACACAAUGUAAUGCUCAAUGUCAGCAUACUAAUUUCAUAGCCCGUCUCAGUGCACAAGCAGCUCCGUCUGACGGAGACAUGACCUAUUGGAAGACGACUCUACUCGAUGGAAAUAAUACAACUAGGGUCUUGUUACCAAAUGAUUUUGCACAGCGCUUUGAUUACUACUUCAAUCGAAAUUACUUGAAAGUUCGUGUAACAUGCGGCAGUCAAUAUAUCACCGAGUAUCAACAGGAAGCGAAGUUGACCAUCAUAGACACGUUUUCUGCUGUCGGUGGACAAACAGGCUUGUAA